GAAAAAGAGAAUUGUAAUUUAUUCUCGUUUUUCAUAUUUUUAACGAUUAAUUAUUUUACAUUUGUAGUAUUUAGUAAUUAGAUGAGGCAAAUUAAAUAAAUAUAUAGUUUUCUAUCUUUUUAUAAACUGGUUAAAAAAAAGUUAGUCAACGCAUACUUAUCUUUCACGAAAUGUUAUUUCGUUGUUUAAAUUUUAGGGUGCAGCUCUGUAAGGUUUUUUCAGCUUCCUCACUGGUACGUUCAUCUAGUACAAUGCCUUUUAAAUAUCCAUUUGCAAGAAGAGAUGAAUCUAUUAAAGAUGUUUAUAAUGGUGUGGAGGUAAGUGAUCCCUACAGAUAUUUAGAAGAUCCUGAUUCGGAUGAAACUAAAGAAUUUGUGGAUGCUCAAAAUGCAGUUACUACUCCUUAUAUUAAUAGCUGUCCUUACAAAGAACUUAUUAAUAAACGAAUUACUGAUCUUUGGAACUACCCCAAGUACUCAUAUCCUUUCCAAAGAGGAGGAAGAUACUAUCAAUUGAGAAAUUCUGGUCUUCAAAAUCAAAGUGUCAUAUAUGUUCAAAAUACAUUACAUGAUGAAGCUCAAGUAUUCUUAGAUCCUAAUACAUUAUCAGAAGAUGGAACUGUCUCGUUGUCUGGUUCUGAGUUCUCAAAAAAUGGAAAAACUCUUGCUUAUGGCUUAAGUAAAAGUGGUUCUGACUGGUUAGAAAUUAAAUUUCGUAAUGCAGAUACUGGGGAUGAUUAUCCUGACAUUCUCAAAAAAGUUAAAUAUUCCCCUAUAACCUGGACCCAUGAUAACAUCGGCUUUUUUUAUGGAGCUUACUUAAAUCAACAAGGAAAAACUGAUGGCUCAGAAACAAAUCAAAGUGAAAAUCAAAAACUUUAUUAUCAUAGGCUUGGUACUGAUCAGGCAGAUGAUAUUUUAGUUGUGGAAUUUGAUAAUCCACAAAUAAGAAUAGGUGCACAUGUUAGUGACUGUGGAAGAUAUCUAAUAUUGACUCCAGUUAUAGGAUGUAAAAAUAAUCUUGUUUAUGUUUGUGAUUUACAAGAAGUUACUGAAAUAAAAACUUUACUGAAAAAGAAAGAAAUUGUAACUGAAUUUAAGGCUGAUUAUGAAUACAUUACAAAUAGUGGCAGUAGAUGCAUCUUUCGUACAAAUAAAGAUGCACCUAAUUAUAGAUUGGUUGUUAUUGAUCUAAAUAAUCCGAAUGAGGAAAACUGGGAAACUUUAGUUCCAGAACAUCCAAAAGAUGUCUUAGACUGGGCCAAUCCUAUUAACAAUAAUUGCUUAGUUAUAUGUUAUCUACAAGAUGUUAAAAAUACUUUAUCGCUUCAUAAACUUGAAAAUGGAGAGAAGAUUUUAGAUUUUCCAGUAGAGUUAGGUACCAUUACUGGUAUGUCAGGUGAAAGAGACCAUACAGAAAUGUUUUAUGGGUUUUGCUCAUUCUUAACUCCGAGUAUAAUAUUCAGAGUUGAUUUCACACAAUCAGAAAUUAAGCCAGAAAUAUUUCAUGAAACCAAAGUUGGAGACUUUAAUCCUGCCAUGUAUGAAAGUAAACAAGUUUUUUAUAAUAGUAAAGAUGGAACUAAAAUUCCUAUGUUUAUUGUACACAGAAAAAAUUUGGAAUAUGAUGGAUCAAAGCCAGCUCUCCUCUACGGCUAUGGAGGCUUCAAUAUUAAUGUUCAACCCUCAUUUGCUAUUUCACGUUUAGUUUUCAUAAAUAGUUUUGAUGGAAUUUUUGCUUUAGCAAAUAUAAGAGGGGGCGGAGAGUAUGGUGAAAACUGGCACAAUGCCGGUCGUUUUGAGAACAAACAAAAUGUUUUUGAUGACUUCCAGUAUGCUGCGCAAUAUCUUAUUAAAAAUAAAUAUACCAGUUCUAAUAAGUUGACUAUACAGGGUGGCUCAAAUGGCGGCCUUCUAGUUGCAGCAUGUAUUAAUCAGACCCCUGAGCUAUUUGGAGCUGCUAUUUGUCAAGUUGGCGUUUUAGACAUGUUACGUUACCAUAAAUUUACGAUUGGUUAUGCUUGGACAUCAGAUUACGGAUGCAGCGAUAACGAUGAGCAGUUCAAAUAUUUAUACAAAUAUUCACCUUUACACAAUAUUAAAGAACCCUCAAAUAAAGGUCAGUAUCCGGCCACUUUGUUGUUAACUGCAGAUCAUGAUGACCGUGUAGUACCUCUACAUUCUCUUAAAUUUAUUGCCGAAUUACAUUACAAAAUAGGACAGUUACCCCAACAAAAAAAUCCACUAAUGAUUCGUAUUGAAACAAGAGCUGGUCAUGGAGCAGGGAAACCCACUUCUAAAGUAAUUGAGGAGCUUACAGACAUUUUCUGUUUCAUCCAAAAGUCAUUAAAUCUUAAGUUUUAUGAAUGACCUUUUAUAUAAUUUAUGAAGAACAUUAACAGUCUGAUGUACCUUUAAAACAAAACGUUCUGUAUUUUAGUUCUAGAA